AUGACGACGACGGUGCGUCUCGUCGCGCGCGCGCCUCUUCGCGCGCGCGCGCGCGUCGCGCCGUCGCGUCGUCGGCGAUGCGCGGCGCGCGCGUCCGAGCGCGCGGCGCGGUGGGCGAUCGCGGCGGUCGAACCCGAGUCGCCCGACGCGUCGCUGACGAAUGAUGAUUUAAAACCCGUGCUGGCGAGCGCGCGGACGUUCGCGCUGCGCGACGUGGCGUCGCUGUGGGUCGGAUUGGUCGUGUGCGUGCCCGCGUGGACGCUCGUGGCGCAGGUGGUGGACGUGGGAUUCGCGGCGGGGGAGGCGAUGGCGGUGGUGGCGAGCGCGAACGCGCUCGUGCUGGCGCCGAUGAUCGCGAACGGCGCGGCGGGGACGAAAUACGGGAUAGGAUUCCCGGUGUACUGCCGCAGCGCGUUCGGGGUGCGAGGAGCGAGCGUGGCGACGUUCGCGCGCGCGAUCGUGGGGUGCGGGUGGUUCGGAAUACAGACCAACGUGGGCGGACAGGCGCUGGCGACGAUGACGCGAGCGAUGGGAUUCGCGGCGAACGGGACGGUUUUACCGUGGCUCGGGUUGAGCGUCGAGGCGUUGGUGUGUUACUUGACGUUUCUCGCGGCGCAAUUGUGGGUGGUGUAUCACGGGAUAGAGUCGAUCAGACGCGUCGAGGAGUACGCGGCGCCGGUGUUGAUUUCGCUCUCGCUCGCGUUGUUCGCGUGGGCGGUGACGGCGGCGGGAGGCGUGGGGCCGAUAUUCGACGCACCGAGCGCGUUCGCGGUCGGAGGCGCGCGAGCGGGCGAGUUUUGGAGCGCGUUGCUCCCCGUUCUCACCGCGACGGUCGGGUUUUGGUCGACGCUUUCUCUCAAUAUUUCAGACUUUACCAGGUACGCGAAAUCGCAACGCGAUCAAAUCGUCGGGCAAGCCGUCGGUUUGCCGGCGUUCAUGACGAUGUUUUCAUUCAUAGCGCUGGCGGUGACGUCAUGCACCGUCGUCAUCUUCGGUGGCGCGAUCAGCGAUCCGAUCGAACUGGUUUCGCGCAUAAACACCGGACCGCUCACGACGUUUCUCGCGAUGGGCGGUCUGUCGUUAGCGACGCUCUCGACGAACAUCGCGGCCAACGUCGUGGCGCCGGCGAACGCGUUGGUGAACGCAUGUCCCCGUUCAAUGAGCUUCCGAAAAGCCGGCUUCAUCACCGCCGCGCUCGGGACGUUGUGCAUGCCUUGGAAGCUCGCCGCGGGCGACGGGUUCAUCUUCGUCUGGUUGAUUGGAUACGCCGCGUUGCUCGGCCCGAUCACGGGCAUCAUGAUCGCCGACUACUUCUUCGUUCGCGAGCAAACCCUGGACAUCGACGCGCUGUAUAGCAUGGACGCGAAAUCGCAGUACUGGUACGCCAACGGCUUCAACGUGCGCGCGUUGGCGAGUUUCGUCGUCGGCGCCGGCGUCUGCGUGCCCGGCUUCUUGCACGCCGUCGGCGCCAAUCCCGCGUGCUCCGCCUUCUUCCGCGGGCUUUACGCCAACGCCUGGUUCGUGAGUUUCUUUCUCGGCGGUGGUCUGUACUUGCUCCUCGAGCGCGCGGCGCGCGCGACGAAUAAAGCUAAAAUGUAAAUCGAUUAGACGCAUAGUACGCGCCGCGGGCGGCGACGACGACUACUCGUCGCGCCGUUUCCCCAACAUCGCCGCGGGCGGCGACGACGACUACUCGUCGCGCCGUUUCCCCAACAUCGCCGCCCACCGCCGCGCCUCCUCGCCGUCGUCCUCCUCCUCUUCCUCCGCCUCCUCGACGUCCUCGUAUUCAUCCACCGCGCGCAUGAACGCGUCGUACCUGCGUUCCGUCGUCUCGUCCGCGUCGUCCGUCUCCCCGCGCCUCGUCGCCGCGUCGCCUCCCGCGUCGUCCCGCGCGCGCGUCCUCCACCUCCCGCGCUUCGCGCCGCGCGUCGACGCGAACCGCGCUUCGCUCACCGCUCGUAUGCGCCCGCGCGCGAGCCCCGCUUCCGGCGUCGCGCGCCGCGCGGCUUCGCUCAGUCGCGCGUUCAACACCCUUUCGGACGACCCGAGCGCCGCCGCCGCGACCGCGCACGCCGCGCCGAGCGCGGCGCAGGCGCACAGCGCGCGCCGCAGACGCGCGGCGCGCGUUCGCGCGCGUUCGCCCGCGCUCGCGCGGUCGCG